AUGUCCAAGAACCUCAUCCAUCAGACAUGGUCAACGUGGCGGGACUGGAUAACUCCAGUAACACACACAUCCACAUUUCGCGAAACAGGCAAAAUCACGCCCGAGGAGUUUGUCGCCGCCGGCGACUAUCUAGUCUUCAAGUUCCCAUCGUGGCAAUGGGCAGAUGCAUCGACGCCGGCACAGCGCGUCCCCUUCCUGCCACCGGGGAAACAGUAUUUAGUGACUCGCGGAGUCCCUUGCCAUCGUCGACUGAAUGAUAAUUUCGCCGGCGAUUUACAGGAGGAUGUUAUCAUUAAAGAUAUGCUUCGAGCGGGAGCGGCCGGCGACGCUGAUGACGAUGGAUGGCUACAGACGGGCGGUAGAAGGGAUUAUGCCGAUACGCAGGAGGCGAAGAGGAAAGAUGUACGCACCGUUGAUGAAGCUGGUAAUGUCAGUGAACAGGGAGAAGACGAAGAUGAAAUUCCGGAUAUGGAAGAUGAUGACGACGAUGAGGAGGCUAUUAUUCGAGAUCCAGCGGGGAAUUCGGGAACCACAGCUCCCCUCCGAACAUACAAUCUCUAUAUCACAUAUGCCAACUACUACCGCACACCACGACUAUAUCUAUCCGGCUACCUCUCUCCCUCCGAACCACUGCCACCGCAUCUCAUGAUGGAAGAUAUUGUCGGCGAUUACAAGGACAAAACGGUCACACUUGAAGACUUUCCGUGGUUCGACACAAGCGUGCCCAUGGCAACCGUCCAUCCAUGCCAACACGCCUCGGUCAUGAAAAUAUUACUCGACCGGGCAGACGCAGCACUCAAACUGCGACGACAGAAACUUAAGAAGGCUCGCUCCGCAGAGGAAGCUUCACAUAUCAAAGUCGACAGUGGUCUUGAAGGGUUGGUAGACGAUACCGCAAACCUAUCUCUGGCCGAGCGACAGCAACGGAAAGCUCAACAAACCGACGCAAGUAGGAAUAAUAAUAAUAAUAGUAACAACAACGGCAAUAAUAAUACGAUGAGUGAUGAGUGGGAGGUUCUACAACACGACGGCAAUCAAUCGGAGGAAGAUAUGGAAUUCCAGUCAGCAAUCCGGGUUGAUCAAUAUUUGGUUGUGUUUUUGAAAUUCAUUUCCAGUGUUACUCCGGGCAUAGAACAUGAUUUCACCAUGGGGGUUUAG